GACAUAGCCCCACGCAUGCGCCUCUCGGUUAAUUUCGGAGCAACAAUGGCGUCCUCCUUUGCCGUGUGCAGGUUACAUAUGAGGCGACAGGGUGGCCUGGUGAAGUGCCUCCAGAAGCUCGAUACUUCUCUUCGCAGGAACAUCGUAACAAACGUUGUUGCCUCGAGUGCCGAAGCACCCCAGAAGGACGAAACUGAUGAAAAGGAAGGACGCAAAUCUUUCUCUGCUGUCCAGGUGGAGAGACAAGGACAGGCAGAGAGAUCUGUUCUCAUGAGCUGCCCUCCCAAAAUCAAUGAGAAAAAGUUCCUCAAGUAUUUUUCAAGACAUGGAGAUAUCAAGAAAUACUUCUUUUAUGAAAGAAAUGGCUUGUAUGCCGUUGUGGAAUUUGCCAAACGGGAAUGUGUUGAGUCGUUACUUGAAGCAACGAAAAUCCCCUGCCUCUCCAAUGAGUUCCCGAUGCCUUUUAAAUCGAGACUGUUGUCACUUAGCCACUACGGCUCAGCGGCCUCACCAAACCAGCAGUCAGGCCAACAGUGCCAACCACAAACCACCAUUCCCAUCGACCAGCUCAUAGACAGACUGUCCAGGAAGGAAAGUAUAGACCAACAGGUAACCUCCCUGAUGGAAACCUAUCAGCUAACAGAUGAUAACAGCCGUCUGCGUUUCCUAGUCUGCUCUCUGCUACAGGACAUUGCUGCUGCCUAUUUCCCAGAAUGCACCAUAAAGCUAUUUGGCUCAUCAGUGAACGGCUUUGGAAAGCUGGGCUGUGACCUGGACAUGUUUCUGGACCUGGAUGACAUCAGUGGGAGAAGAACAAAGAAGCAAGAAUCAGGUUUGUUCCUGGAGUACCAGCUGAAGACUGUCAGCACGGAGCGCGUUGUCACUCAGCGCAUCCUGUCCUUCCUCGGGGAGUGUCUGGACCAGUUUGGGCCUGGGUGUAAUGGGGUGCAGAAGAUUCUCAACGCACAUUGUCCCCUGGUCCGUUUCUUCCACCAUCCCUCUGGCUUUCAGUGUGACCUCACAGCCAACAACAGGGUGGCGAUGAAGACCACAGAACUGCUCUACCUGUAUGGAGAGCUGGACCCACGGGUGCGUCACCUGGUAUUCAUCGUGCGCUGUUGGGCCCGAGUUCAUGGCAUCACCAGCAGCAUCUCCGGGGCCUGGAUCACCAACUUCUCCCUCACCAUCAUGGUGCUAUUCUUCCUGCAGAGGAGGAAUCCUCCCAUUAUCCCCUGCCUGGACCAUCUAAAGGACCUUGCAGGUCCCAUGGACAACAGCAUGAUUGAGGGGAACGACUGCACGUUUGUCAGCGACCUAAGCAAGAUCCAGCUGCAGAGAAACACAGAAACACUGGACCAACUUCUGCAUGAAUUCUUUGAAUUCUACAGCGCCUUUGCAUUCAGCAAGAUGUCCAUAGAUAUCAGAAAGGGCAAAGAGCAGAUCAAGCCGGUGAAAAACCAUCUGCACAUCCAGAACCCGUUCGACAGCUCUCUGAACAUCAGCAAGAACGUCAACGCCGCACAGCUAGAACGCUUUGUGGCUUUGUGUCAGGAGAGCACCUGGUUGCUCGAGCAGACUAAAACCAACACACCUAGUGGUAAAGGAGGCAGCGCUUCGACACCUUGGGGACUCGCUACCCUGCUCCAGCCCACCAACGUUGCAGAGAUCAAAAGUAACAGGAAAAGGAGAGUGGGGCUCACCAGUGAUAGGAUAAAGGGCUUGAUAGAAUCCUUGAAGAAUGGCACUCAGCUAAAGAAAAGCUAGGCUCUUGGGACUCUCUUACAAUUGUCUAAUGCUUCACUGAGGAGGUGAGGGGCAGCUUCUGCACUGGACUAUUCCAAACAUGGACACUGGAGGGUGUCACCGAGGCCUCUAUGUGAAAUAUGUUUGGGACCUAGAAUAAGGGACUGAUUACUGCGUUCGUUACUGUAGACUACUCUGUUGUAAUUAAAGCCAGUACAGUGGAAACUAAUGCAAGUCCAGUUCCUCGUGUACAAGCUUGUUCAACUGAUUCAUUUGACUCAAAAUCUGUUGUACAUGGAUAUUAUAAUUUACACAAAUAAGAAACAUCAUCUGUUUACAACUCAAACACAAUCCCUAUGGAUAUUGUUUUUGUAAUGUUGUUCCAAUAAUAAUCAAUAAUAAUCAAGAUUUUAUUUACUGUGGUUAUUAUGGAACUUCAAAACUGACAAAAGGCAGUAAAAGGGUUUGAGACACAUCACAAAUAUAACUGAAUACAUCAUUACAAAUAGUUAAAUAGUAAAAAGGAAAAAAACCUUAUAUAUUUCACUCUGUUUUGUGUGUCUGACUAGCUCAUUGUGUUUUAACACGAGGGAGACAGAAAGGGCAGGGAAGAGAGAUGGGAUGACAUGCAGACUCGAACCCAGGCCACUACGGUAUGGACUCAGCCUUGACACAUGAUGCAUGCAACUCGCUCUACCAGACGAGCUUUCAGAGUAAUCUGAAAAUAAAUUUCAUCUUAAAUCUACACUAGAGCGGGGCGCCGGUUAGCUAAACAGUACAAACACACUACGCUAAUCUCCAUAACACCGUCUCACCUGUGGGAAAUGAGGACGUUUCAGUCAGCCAACAGCCGAGAUACAGUGCUAAUGCUAUCAACUUCCAUGUAAUAAAAUUGUUUUAGUUUAA